AUGGCUCACACAGCUGCUGAAUUGAUGUGGGUUCGUUCCUUUACUCAUGAGCUUGGUUAUUCCUCAUCGGAUUCUCAAGAAUUACAUGUUCUUGCCGUCGACGAUAGCCUCGUCGAUCGAAAACUUAUUGAACGGUUGCUCAAGAUCUCCUCUUGUAAAGUGACGAUAGUAGAUAGUGGAACGAGAGCUCUUCAAUUUCUUGGAUUGGAUGGGGAGAAGAAGAACUCUGAGGGAUUCAAUGGUUUAAAGGUUAAUAUGAUAAUAACGGAUUACAGUAUGCCUGGAAUGAACGGAUAUGAGUUGCUUAAGAAAAUCAAGGAAUCUUCGACUUUCAGAGAAAUUCCUGUGGUGAUUAUGUCGUCGAAAAAUGUCUUGCCUCAAAUCGAUAGGUGUUUGGAGGAAGGAGCAGAGGAAUUUAUUGUGAAACCUGUAAAGCUUUCGGAUGUAAAACGAUUAAAAGAUAGAAUUGGUGGUGGAGGUAAAGCUCUGGCCGUGCUCUACAUAGAGCAUAUUGGAAUUGGAAGCUAG